AUGAAAGGUAUCCCAGCACUUCACUGGACAACUGUACAUUCACCAUUUGGAAAUAGAGAUCGCAGCGGUAAAAAGUCAUUUUCAGCAACGUCACGCCAGCCAGCCCCAUCUGCGUACUACAAUCGAGUCUCACAAACCAAGUUUCUUUCUGCGGGCCUCUUUGACCCGACAUUCAAAAAGGAUCAGUUAGAAUCGGAUGAGAGAAAAAGAGACCUGCAACGGAGGAGGAGAUUACGAGAAAACGCAGAUUCUUCAGUUAGCUUGAGAGAGAAGGUGUCGAGGAAUUUCCUCGUUACCCAUGCCCAACAUUCACAGAGUACAGGCGACCUUUCAAACGUAAACCGCGGAGAGGUUCCGCCACCAAAGCAUAGAUGGAAAAGAGAAACUUCCCUCUCUGAGCUGCUGCUUGCUGGCCCAACAUUCCGUGAGACUAUAACACAUGAGUUGGAGGGUCAGAGACCAACUAACGUGCGUAGGUGCAGCUUCACCUAUUCUCCUCAACAGCCCCCUGAGAUCCAGAACAAAUUGAAAAUAUACAACGUGGAUUGUACAUUUCGAGAACAUUUUGACGGGCAAACGGUUCUGAAAGAGCGUAAGAAGACGCAUACUUUGCGGUCAACCAAACAGAACAAACUGGUUGCUCGAAUUCAGAACCGGCCGGCUGAAGCAGAAGGCACCAGAUCGAAAGAAGCGAGACCGGCAGCCGUUCAAGUGGCUGAUAACUCUCCGAGGGGUUGCGUGAAAGUAGCACCUGGAAGGAAGCGUUCCGGGCGGGCAGGACCCCUAAAACCGCUAUAUGUCGCGCCUGUCGGCGACGUAUGCAUCGCUGAUAACGGUGCUAAUCUACAUAGUUUAAGGUUGUACCCAUGGAACGCUCUACAGGCGGUGCCUGACCCGGAUCUAGUAACUGUAGCCACGCUUCCUCACUACGACCAAUCUUUUGGUCGGCCGAACACUCCAGCAAACCCGCCUCCUGGCUUUCACGGGGAAAUGGGCUCCCCCACACUUAGCAGUGAAUCCAUUCACCUGCUGAAUGGUACGAUUGACAGUGUUAAUGAACUAAAGCAAAAGGUUGCUGCAGCCGUUGUCCCCGAAGCAAUCAAGUCAGCACUGCCCAGCAUGCUAGGAGGUAACACUGCGAAGGGACAGCUUUUGCUUGAAGCUGUGGAAGAUCCAAAACACCAGAGCAACUGUACAUCACUUACUGUUGACUGCUUGGAGGGCAGCACGGAUGUUCUCCAAGUGGGCAUCGCGCGGUCUCAACAUGCUGACAAUUGUAAGGAAAAUAUGCAUUUAGAGCAGCAUGGUAGCCUCUUAGAGCAAAGGACCUCUGACUUUUGGGACUGUCUAAUGCGUGUCCAAGAGGCGGAGUACCACGCCUCAGUGACUCUGCAAAAUAUCGAAAAUCUACCCUACUCAGGUACUUUGCGGAGACAAUCGGCAGUGUCAGAAGUUAGACUAGGCAUACAAAAAGUGGGAAUAGGAGGAGAGACUGCGCCAUACCGUGGACUCUUCAUGAGUUCUCCGGAUACGAGGAGAACAAUCGAACCGGUUACAAGUGCUGACACUGAGGCAAGGCAAUUAAUAGCGGAACGUUCAUACCCUACUGUCAUGCUUUCACCUGUAGUGGAGGAGAAGUUACUGGCUUUUCGAGAGUCAAGGAAAAGAGCGCAGCUAAAGGACGAGCCCCUUUUGCAGCAAGAAAGCCUUCAACAAGCCUUGAUUCAGCUGAAAGAAGCGAGUGGAGGACGCAUUUGUUUUGAAUACGAGGUCGCAGGCGUUUGGAUGUUGCAUGAUGCCAUUGUUGAACAAUUGCUCGAUCGCGAAGUGAAGCAAUUAGUGGCUUGCGCUGACUCUGCCACACGAAGGUUUGUGGACAGCUUACUUGAAACCGAAGCAAUCCGAAUGGCAGGGCUUGUAAGACCAUAG